ACCCGCAUGCUGGCCAGCCUGCAGGGCCUGGGACUCCUCCGUCUCCUCCACCCGCAGGAGCGUGUGGGACUCGCCUCCGAAGGCGUGGGCCGAAGGGGCGAAUGGCGUGAUUUGUUUUCCUCGAGAGGCGGCGGCGGGAGGCUUUAGCGCGUCCCCUGGGCAACGGGACGCUGCUGCCGCCGCCGCGCUUUCGUGGGUGGCACCUGACGGGAGUCGCCGGCCACCGAAGUUGUCGCCUUGGGGGGGACCCCUCGGGCCGAGAGGAGAGGCUGCGGAGACAACCCGGGUCCCUGAGGAGCCCCGCGGCGGGGCCCUCGGCCGCUUCGCCUUGCGCCCCGCAGACGCAACUCUGGGAGGCUGGGAGAUGGACGACGAGGACGACGACGAGACGGUGGAGGAGAAAAGUUUCGCCCAGGAUGAGCGGGUCCAGUUUGUGGGUCGCCGCUUGGCGCCCUUGCUGAGGCUGAAAGCAGACCAGUGGGAGGCGUUCGUGGAAGACGAAGGCGCCCAGAAGCUCCUGGCGGACUUUCUGGAGGCCAGCCAGCCCUCUUUCCUGGCUUUCUUCCUCCCUCCGGCCGGAGGAUUGGUAGCUGAGGUGAAGAUACCUGGAAGUGUGAAACACAAAACAGUUUGCAUUAUGAAGACCACAGACCAUAUUCGGAUUGAAAACUGCAAGGAAAAUCUCAAAUUUGCUGAAUUAUCUGGAACACCCAUGGAACAUGUAAUGGUCUUCUUAGAAGAGGUUGUGGUACCCAUUCUUUCUAAUAAAACAAAUGAUGGAUCCUGGCCACAAUUUAUCUCUCAGGACAUGGAACGGCAUGUGGAAUUAAUGAAAAAUAAGACCUACAUUAUGACUGGGGUUAUGUCGGGCAGAACUCUUCUUCCCAUUCCAGCAGUAGCUGGAAUUGAAUUGCAUGAGAUGUGUACUGAAAAUAACCAGGAUUCUUAUACAAGAUCAGUACUACAUGCAAUAGAAUCCAUGGUCAUUAGAUGGUCACAUCAAAUACGAGACAUUCUGGAAAAGAAUUCACCUCAGAUGCUUCUUCAUGACUGUCAGCCAGUUCCUCAGAAUGAACUCACAUUUUGGAUGGAAAGAAAAGAUAACCUCCUGUCCAUAUAUGACCAGCUUAAGAGGCCUGUUAUUCAGGAAAUGAUUAGGAUCUUAAAAGCCAAGAUGAGCAGUUAUUAUCCUACUUUUCAAGACAUUUACAAGGAAGUGGAAAAUGCACUUGUUGAAGCCCAGGAUAUUGAUCUGCACCUGAGAACUUUGCAAAGACAUAUUCAGUAUCUUCAAGAAACAGAAUUUCCAGAUAUACAUAUUUUAAUCCCUCCUUUGUUCCACACCAUCUGUCUGAUCUGGAGUCACUCUAAAUUUUACAACAUGCCAGCACGAAUCAUAAUUCUACUCCAGGAAUUCUGUAAUCUGUUCAUCGACCAGGCAAUGUCAUACCUUUCUCCAGAAGAUAUUAUGAAAAGAGAAACUGAAGAAGCGUUGGAACAAGUGCAGAAGGCUCUUAAUACGUUAAGGAGAUUUAAGGACGCAUUUUUUAGACAAAGAAAAAAAAUGGCACCUUAUUUCAUCAAUAGUCAGGAUGUUAAACCGUGGGAUUUUCAGCCGCAGCUGGUAUUUUCCAGAUUUGAUCAGUUUUUAAAUCGCUUGGAAAAAAUAGAGGAUAUUUUUCUUACCAUGCUUGACUUUGAAAAGCUGGAGAAACUGGAGUUUGGUGGUAUCAAGGGGAAAACUUUGAAUGACAAAAUAAGCAAGUUGAAUGAAGAAUUUAUUGAGUCUUCUACCAUCUUUAAAGAAAAGACCUAUGAUCCCUUAGAUUACAAGAAUCUGGAAUUUGAAGAAGACUACAUUGAUUUUAAACACAAAGUUCUGGAGUUUGAAAGACGUCUUGGAUCAAUUUUCUGUGUAGCAUUCCUUGAUUGUUCGGGUUUAGAGUCAGCAUUUAAGGUUUUAGCCAUUCUUGGAUUUUUUCUGGAGAAACCUAUUAUUGCAGAUAUCUUUAGCCCAAAUUACAAGAUUUUGUUACAGUUGUUUGAUGAUGAACUGAAUAAUUGUAAACACAUGUAUGAUGAGCACAUUAAACAGCUUGAAAACGGAAAUGAAAUAAUAAAUAAAAAUAUGCCAUUUACUUCAGGAAACCUUAAAUGGUCCCAAGAAAUUAAAGCCCGUAUACAAUCAUUCUGGUCAAACUUCUCUUUUGUUUCCUACCCAGUCUUUGAAAGUUCUGAAGCGGCUUUAAUUUAUCAAAAAUAUAUAGAGAUGUUGACCUUACUGGAUCAAUAUGAAGAUCAGAUCUAUUAUACAUGGAAAUCUCAAGUGGACAAUGUCUGUCAGUUUAAUUUGGAUCAACCCCUUAUUAAGCGCAACAAUAAGGAUGGCCUUCUUAGUGUGAAUUUUGAUCCCAAGUUGGUGGCUGUUCUAAAAGAUGUAAAAUACCUCUUGCGUUUGGAUCAACCUGAUAUCCCAAGUUUGGCACUUGAAUUAUAUAAGAAGAGGGACAUGCUUGAUAAGUAUAUCGGAAAUCUAGAACUUAUUGUCCAGUGGUAUAACAAGGUUAAACAGACUGUUUUGGAAGUGGAGUAUCCUCUAAUUGAAAAAGAGCUGAGUGCAGUUGAUGCUGAGCUGAUGGAAGCAGAAGAAACACUCACAUGGCAGGAAGAGGACUGCUGGGAGUAUAUUGAGUUUCUAAAAGCUAAGGUUCAUGACUUGGAGCAGAGACUUCAGAGAUCAAAGGACAAUAUUAAGGCCAUUCAGCAAAUUAUGAAGGAUUGGAUGGAACAUACUCUCUUUUCUAGAAAAGACAACAAAAAAGAAGCUUUGUUGAACCUGGAGGAUAAAGAUGACCGACUUGCUAAAAAAUAUGCAUCCUUUAAAGAAGAUGGAUACAAGAUCCAUAGUCUUGUAAAGGAAAACUUCAACUUCUUCAAAGCAGACCCAGCUUCAGAUUCUUGGAAGAUUUACUUGGAAUACAUUGAUGACCUUAUAAUUGAUGGUUUUUUUAAUGCCAUAAUGUAUAAUUUAAAGUUCUUCCUAGAAAAUACGGAAACGGGCUCAAAGCCAUCUCCCUUCUUUCAAGUUCAAAUGCUCCUGAGUGCCCUAGAAAUUGAAUUCAGACCUUCAUUGGACAAGGAAGCAGGAGAUGGGUUUUAUGAUCUAAUAGAUGAACUUUUGAGCAAUAUUUUCACAAUAUCUGCUCAGGUGGAAAGAGUGGCACCACAUCUGGAAAUACCACACUACCAGAAUGAGAUGGAUAGCAUAUCAGAACUAUCUGAGACCAGGGAAAAGAUUAUGGAAAGAGUGGCAGAUGUUAUCACUAAAGCUGUGGACUUCAAAAACUCACUUGACUCUUACGCUUAUCUGUGGAUAGAUGACAGAUCAGAAUUUAUGAAACAAUUUCUAUUCUAUGGUUCUGUGUCAUCUUCUGAAGAAACAGAGAUGUAUGCUGAGGUUGCUGCCACUGAUCAACACCCAAUGACUGAGCAAUUUAAAGAGCAGAUUGACACCUAUGAAAAUCUUUACAUCAAAAUGAGUAAAUUUGACGACACCAGAAUUUUUGAAGGCUGGUUUAAGGUGGACAUGAAACCUUUCAAAAUUAAUUUGCUAAAUGUUAUUAAAAAAUGGAGCUGGAUGUUCAAAGAAUAUCUCCUGAAAUUUGUCAUUGACAGCUUAGCUAACCUAGAAGAAUUCAUUAAAAUGACUGAUGCUGGGCUCCAAAAAGAGUUAAAGGAAGGAAAUUAUAAUGGACUCAUUGAUGUUAUGAUUCACAUUAGGGCUGUGAGAAACAGGCAAGCUUCUACUGAUGAGCUUUUUGAGCCUCUGAAAGAUACAAUUGCACUCCUAGAAAACUAUGGACAGAAGAUACCAGAUCAUGUUUAUGUUCAAGUUGAGGAAUUGCCAGAAAGAUGGAAUGCCACCAAAAAACUUGCUGUAUCUGUAAAGCAUGAAGUGACUCCUCUUCUGACAUCUGAGGUCACCCUUCUCAGAAAAAAAUGUUCAGCUUUUGAUGGGAAGCAGAUACGAUUCAGAGAAAGAUUUAGAAUGGAGGCUCCCUUUCACUUUGAUGCCAAAAACCCAUAUGCGCUUCUCGAUAAGGCAAAUCAGGAGUUAGAGGCAUUGGAAGAGGAAAUGUUGCAUAUACAGGGAUCAGCCAGUCUUUUUGAAGUGGUCAUUCCAGAUUACAAACAACUGAAACAGUGUCGCAAGGAAAUAAAGUUGCUGAAGGGAAUGUGGGACAUAAAUAUUUAUGCAACGAGCAACAUCAAUGAUUGGAUUAAAAGCCGUUGGAAAGAGAUUAGCAUGGAGCAGAUGGAUGCAGAGCUCAGAAGAUUUGUUAAGGAGAUGUGGGCACUGGAUAAAGAGGUUCGCUCCUGGAAUGUUUAUACAAAUCUGGAAUUAGCAAUAAAAAACUUGUUGACAUCACUGAAGGUUGUUACUGAGUUGCAGAAUCCAGCCAUGAGAGAGAGGCACUGGUAUCAGCUGAUGGGUGCAAUAGGUAUUCAGUUUUCAAUAAGUGAAGAUACAACACUAGCAGACCUGUUGGAAUUGAAGCUGCACAAAAUGGAAGAUGAUGUCAGGAGCAUUGUUGACAAAGCCGUGAAAGAACUUGGAAUUGAAAAGAUUCUCAUAGAAAUCAGCCAAACAUGGGCUACCAUGGAGUUUUGUUAUGAAGAGCAUUACAGGACCAGUGUUCCUUUGUUGAAAAUGGAUGAGCAGCUUUUUGAGACUUUAGACAACAACCAAGUUCAACUGCAAACAAUUCUGCAAAGUAAAUACAUUGAGUAUUUCAUUGAGCAAGUUUUAAACUUGCAAAAAAGGCUAAAUGUUGCAGACUCUGUCAUUUUUCUUUGGAUGGAGGUUCAGCGAACAUGGUCUCACCUUGAAAGCAUUUUCAUUGGCUCCAAUGAUAUCAGAGACCAGCUUCCUGAAGAUUCAAAGAGAUUUGAUGGCAUUGAUGCAGAUUUUAAGGAAUUAAUGAAUGAUUCGGCAGCUACAAAAAAUGUUUUAGAAGCAACAACUAAACCCAAAUUGUAUGAAAAGCUUGAAGAUUUGCAACACAGGCUUUCCCUUUGUGAAAAAGCUCUUGCUGAAUACUUAGAAACGAAGCGCUUAGCUUUUCCCCGGUUUUAUUUUGUUUCAUCCGCUGAUCUGCUUGACAUUCUCUCAAAAGGAUCACAGCCCAGACAGGUGACUUGCCAUCUUAUUAAACUUUUUGACAACACUGCUGAUCUCAGAUUUCAAGAUGACAAAGAGCUAUCCAGGAAUAUCGUGUUAGGGAUGUACAGCAAAGAAAAGGAAUAUGUCCCAUUCAGUGCAGAAUUUGAAUGUCGUGGUCAGGUGGAAACCUGGUUGAAACUUCUGGAGGAAGUCAUGCGUGAAACGGUGAGGCACCACAUUGCGGAAGCUAUAGCGGCCUAUGAGGAAAAACCCAGAGAACAGUGGCUCUUCGACUAUCCUGCUCAAGUUGCUCUCACUGGCUCUCAAAUUUGGUGGACUACAGAUGUGGGAAUAGCAUUCAACAGACUGGAAGAAGGGUUUGAAACUGCCUUGAAGGAUUAUCAUAAGAAACAGAUUGCUCAGCUAAAUGCUCUUAUCUCUCUACUGCUGGGAGAGCUGACAUCAAGUGACAGACAAAAGAUCAUGACUAUUUGCACAAUAGAUGUUCAUGCAAGAGAUGUGGUGGCGAAGCUUGUUGCUCAAAAGGUCACCAGUUCGCAAGCUUUUGCUUGGCUGUCACAGCUACGCCACAGUUGGGAUUGGGACCAGAAGCAUUGUUUUGCCAACAUAUGUGAUGCUCAGUUCCAGUACUUCUAUGAAUACUUGGGAAAUACCCCUCGGCUAGUUAUUACGCCUUUGACUGACAGGUGUUACAUUACACUCACCCAGUCUCUUCACCUAAUUAUGAGUGGAGCUCCUGCAGGUCCAGCUGGGACAGGCAAAACAGAGACCACCAAGGAUCUGGGCCAUGCACUUGGGAUGAUGGUCUAUGUUUUCAAUUGUUCUGAGCAGAUGGAUUACAAGUCCAUAGGAAAUAUUUAUAAAGGCUUGGUCCAGACAGGAGCCUGGGGGUGCUUUGAUGAAUUCAACCGAAUUUCAGUAGAAGUUCUUUCAGUUGUGGCUGUACAAGUAAAAACAAUCCAUGAUGCCAUAAGAAAUAAGAAAAAGCAGUUUAUAUUCCUUGGAGAAAACAUUACAUUGAAGGCAUCAGUUGGAAUAUUUAUUACUAUGAACCCAGGCUAUGCGGGUCGAACAGAGUUACCUGAAAAUCUUAAGGCUCUUUUCAGACCCUGUGCUAUGGUUGUCCCUGACAUUGAACUAAUCUGUGAAAUUAUGCUGAUUGCUGAGGGAUUUGUGGAUGCACGCUUGUUAGCCAGGAAGUUUAUUACCUUGUAUACUCUCUGUAGAGAACUUCUCUCUAAACAGGAUCAUUAUGAUUGGGGCCUUCGUGCCGUGAAAUCUGUCUUGGUAGUAGCAGGUUCCCUGAAACGAGGAGACAAGACCAGACCUGAGGAUCAGGUACUUAUGCGAGCCUUAAGGGACUUCAACUUGCCUAAGAUAGUGACAGAUGAUAUUCCCAUUUUCAUGGGCCUGAUCAGUGACCUGUUUCCAGCUCUGGAUGUUCCAAGAAAGAGGGACUUGCAAUUUGAACAGAUGGUUAAACAAUCUACCCUGGAGCUUCACUUGCAGCCUGAGGAGAGCUUUAUUCUCAAAGUUGUUCAGCUCGAGGAGCUUUUGGCGGUCCGUCACUCUGUCUUUAUAGUGGGAAAUGCAGGCACAGGGAAAAGCAAGAUUCUGAAAACACUGAAUAGGACUUAUAUAAACAUGAAGCAGAAACCUGUGUGGAAUGACUUGAAUCCCAAAGCUGUGACUACUGAUGAGCUCUUUGGCUUUAUACAUCAUGCUACUCGAGAAUGGAAAGAUGGGCUGUUCUCAUCUCUUUUGAGAGAGCAAGCUAAUAUUACUCACAGUUGGCCCAAAUGGAUUGUCUUAGAUGGGGACAUAGAUCCUAUGUGGAUUGAAUCACUCAACACUGUUAUGGAUGAUAACAAGGUGCUGACUCUCGCCAGCAAUGAACGGGUUUCUUUGACUCCAUCAAUGAGACUGGUUUUUGAGAUACACCAUUUAAAAACAGCCACUCCUGCUACAGUCUCUAGAGCAGGUAUUUUGUAUGUAAACCAACAGGACCUCGGCUGGAAUCCAUAUGUUGCAAGCUGGAUAGAACAGAGGAGUAACCAAGCUGAAAAAGCAAAUCUGACUAUUCUUUUUGAGAAAUACGUUCCUCUGUGCUUGGACCAGCUGAGGACAAACUUUAAAAUGAUCACUCCCAUCCCUGAGAACAGCAUGGUGCAAACUCUGUGUUCUCUCCUCGACUGCUUACUCAUCCCUGAAAACGUGCCUCCUGACGGUUCGAGAGAACUGUAUGAGAUAUAUUUUGCCUUUGCCUGUGUGUGGUCAUUUGGGGGAGCCCUUUUCCAGGACCAGCUUUCCAAUUAUCAAGCUGAAUUUAGCCGCUGGUGGAUGAAAGAGAUGAAAUCAGUGAAGUUUCCAUCCCACGGUACAAUUUUUGAUUAUUAUCUUGACCCGAAAACAAAGAAAUUCCUUCCCUGGAGUGAUAAAAUUACCACCUUUCACAUGGAUCCAGAUACAGCCUUGCAGUCUGUCCUUGUUCACACCUCUGAGACCACAUGCCUCAAAUACUUUACGGAUUUGCUCUUGGAGAAGGGCAAGCCUGUGAUGCUGGUUGGAAAUGCUGGAGUGGGGAAAACUGUAUUUAUUGGACAAUGCCUUGCUGGACUUCCUGACAAUUUCCUGGUGUCCAAAGUUCCCUUCAACUAUUACACUACAUCAGCAGCACUGCAGAGUAUACUGGAAAAGCCCUUGGAGAAAAAGGCUGGCCGUAACUAUGGGCCAGUGGGAAACAAGAAGUUAGUUUACUUUAUUGAUGAUAUGAACAUGCCAGAAGUGGAUGCUUAUGGAACAGUUCAGCCUCAUACAUUAAUUCGUCAACAUAUAGAUUAUGGACAUUGGUAUGAUAGGCAGACCUUAAAUUUAAAAGAAAUUCAUAAUUGUCAGUAUAUUGCAUGUAUGAAUCCAACUGUUGGCAGCUUCUCCAUCAACCCCCGACUUCAGCGACAUUUUGCAGUGUUUGCAAUGAACUUUCCAUCCACUGAUGCGCUGACUACCAUCUACAGCAAGAUCCUUGAUUUUCAUUUCAAGCGACAUAGCUUCAGUUCAUCAGUGUUAAAACAUGGCCCUGCCAUAAUCCAAGCAGCAAUAUGGCUUCACCAGACCAUGGUUCAGAACUUUCUUCCUACAGCUAUUAAAUUCCAUUAUAUUUUCAACCUUCGAGACCUCUCCAGCGUCUUCCAGGGAAUACUGUUUGCUAAACCAGAGUGUCUAAAAGAUCCAGAUGAUCUUGUACGUCUGUGGCUUCAUGAGUCUUCACGUGUUUACGGAGAUAAAUUGGUGGCAGCCAAUGAUUGUAACAUGUUUCAUAAAAAGCUGAUCGACACUGCACAUAAAUGUUUUGAGGAUGUGGAGGAUCACUUCAUUCUCCAGCAGCCACUUAUUUACUGUCAUUUUGCAAAUGGUGUGGCAGAACCUAACUACAUGCCUGUCAAGGACUGGGGAGUACUCAGGAAGAUACUCUCCGAGGCUUUAGAAAACUACAAUGAACUGAAUGCAUCCAUGAACUUAGUUUUAUUUGAAGAUGCAAUACAACAUAUAUGCCGUAUCAGCCGAAUCUUAGAAUCCCCUCGUGGUUUUGCACUUCUCAUUGGGGUGGGUGGCAGUGGAAAACAAAGCUUGUCAAGACUGGCUGCCUACAUCAGCUCUCUUGAAGUGUUCCAGAUUGUACUGAAGAAAGACUACACGAUCCAAGACCUCAGGGUAGAUCUUGCCAAUCUGUAUAUCAAGACAGGAGCCAAGAACAUUCCCACUGUGUUUUUGCUGACAGAUGCUCAGGUUCCAGAUGAACGCUUUCUUGUGCUGAUUAAUGACUUGUUGGCAUCAGGAGAGGUUCCAGACCUAUUCACUGAUGAAGACAUGGAUGAUAUAAUUGCAGGAAUUAAGUCUGAAAUACGAGGGCUUGGUCUUAUUGAUACCAGAGAAAACUGUUGGAGCUUCUUUAUAGAUAGAGUACGGCUACAGCUGAAAAUCAUUCUGUGUUUCUCUCCUGUCGGUUCCACGCUGAGAGUUAGAGCUCGGAAGUUCCCAGCCAUAGUUAACUGCACAGCUAUUGACUGGUUUCACGAGUGGCCGCAGGAGGCCCUGCAGUCCGUCAGCAGGAGGUUCAUUGAAGGGACGUCUGGGAUUAAGCCACAAUUUUAUGAGUCCAUCUGUCAUUUCAUGGCCUACGCCCACACCAGUGUGAAUGAGAUGAGUGCUAAGUUUCAGCAGAAUGAGAAGAGGUAUAACUAUACUACUCCCAAAAGCUUUCUGGAGCAAAUCAUGCUUUAUAAGAACCUUCUAGAAAAGAAAAUCCAGAAGAUGUCCCAGCACAAGGAGCACCUUGUAAAUGGCAUUCAGAAACUGAAAACAACUGCUUCUCAGGUGGAGGACUUAAAAUCUAAACUUGCCUUUCAAGAGGCAGAACUGAAACUGAGAAAUCAGGAUGCUGAAGCUUUGAUUACUAAGAUAGGGCUUCAGACUGAGAAAGUGAGCAAGGAAAAGGCCAUUGCUGAUGCAGAGGAGCAAAAGGUUGUUGCUAUCCAAUCAGAAGUGUCUCAGAAACAAAAAGAGUGUGAAGAUGACCUGGUGAAAGCUGAACCUGCCCUGGUGGCUGCUACUGCAGCUCUAAAUACACUUAAUAAGGUGAAUCUUUCUGAACUGAAAGCAUUUCCUAAUCCACCAAUUGCAGUGAUCAAUGUUGUGGCUGCAGUAAUGGUGCUAUUGGCAAAGAAAGGGAAAGUACCGAAAGAUCGAAGCUGGAAAGCUGCUAAACUCUUUAUGGGAAAGGUUGAUGAUUUUUUGCAAGCUUUAAUUAAUUACGAUAAAGAGCACAUACCAGAGAACUGUCUGAAAGUGGUCAAGGAACAUUACUUGAAAGACUCAGAGUUCAACCCAAACCUGGUUCGCACCAAGUCAUUUGCAGCAGCUGGUCUCUGUGCCUGGGUUAUCAACAUAUUAAAAUUCUAUGAGGUAUACUGUGAUGUUGAACCAAAACGUCAAGCAUUGGCCCAAGCAAAUGCUGAACUUGCAGCAGCUACUGAGAAGCUGGAAGCUAUCAGGAAAAAACUUGCUGAACUGGAUGCCAAUCUGCACAAACUCACAACAUCAUUUGAAAAAGCAACAGCGGAAAAAGUUAGAUGUCAAGAAGAUGUUGGCAGAACCAGUAAAACUAUUGAGCUGGCUAACAGGCUUGUUAAAGGACUUGAGUCUGAAAAUGUUCGCUGGACACAGUCUGUAAAGUCCUUUGAAGAACAAGAAGUAACUGUGUGCGGUGAUGUUUUGUUAACAGCAGCUUUUGUUUCUUAUGCUGGAUCCUUUACCAAACCGUAUCGCCAAGAACUGGUGGAAUGUAUAUGGCUUCCGUUCUUGAAAUCACAGCAAAAUCCCAUUCCAACCAGUGAAGACUUGGAUUUGGUUGCCUUGUUGACUGAUGAUGCCAUGAUUGCAGCAUGGAAUAAUGAAGGCCUGCCAAGUGAUAGAAUGUCAAUAGAAAAUGCUGCUAUACUAACAAAUUGUGAACGAUGGCCACUUCUCAUAGAUCCCCAACUGCAAGGAAUAAAAUGGAUAAAAAAUAAAUAUGGAACUGACCUUAAAAUCAUACAUCUAGGAAAGAAGGGGUUCUUGCAAACUAUUGAAAGAGCUUUGGCUUGUGGAGAAACUGUUCUGAUUGAAAACUUGGAAGAAAGGAUAGACCCCAUACUUGAUCCCCUGCUUGGAAGAAACACUGUUAAAAAGGGAAAGUGUAUCAAGAUUGAGGACAAGGAAUGCGAAUUCAACAAGAAUUUCCGGCUCAUGCUUCACACAAAGCUGGCUAAUCCACACUACAAGCCAGAAGUGCAAGCUCAGGCCACUCUCAUUGAUUUUACAGUCACAAAAGAUGGUUUGGAAGACCAGCUUUUGGCUGAGGCUGUUGGCAUUGAGCGACCUGAUCUGGAGAAUGUUAAGUCUCUUCUAACAAAGCAACAGAAUGAUUUCAAGAUUCAGCUGAAGCUUCUGGAGGAUGAUCUGCUGUUCCGCCUUUCUGCUGCCGAGGGCAGUUUUCUAGGGGACACCGAACUUGUGGAAAAACUUGAGACGACAAAGUCAAUGGCUGCAGAGAUAGAGCGCAAGGUUGCAGAAGCCAAAGAAAAUGAAGUUAAUAUUAAUGAAUCAAGAGAACAUUACAGGCCAGCAGCUGCAAGAGCAUCCCUUCUUUAUUUUGUCAUACAUGAUCUGAGCAAAAUUAAUCCCAUCUACCAAUUUUCAUUGAAGGCUUUCAACACUGUCUUUCAUAAAGCAAUUGAGCGAGCAGAACCAUCAGAUAUUAUCCAAGAACGCAUUGCCAAUCUGAUUGAAGCUAUUACAUAUUCCGCCUUCCUUUAUAUCAGCCAGGGACUUUUUGAAAAGGACAAGCUAAUUUUCCUUGGUCAGACAACGUUUCAGAUUUUGUUGAGAAAUAAAGAAAUAGAAUUUAGUGAACUUAAUUUUCUGCUACGAUUUACAAUUGAACACACUUAUAAAAGUCCUGUUGACUUCUUAAGUACUCAGUUAUGGAGUGCUAUUAAAACCAUAGCUUUAAUGGAUGAAUUUCGAGGACUAGAUAGAGACAUUGAGGGUUCUCCCAAGAGAUGGAAAAAAUGGGUUGAUUCAGAAUGCCCAGAAAAAGAGACACUUCCUCAGGAAUGGAAAAGCAAAACUUCUUUCCAGAAGCUUAUCAUACUGAGAGGGUUGCGCCCAGAUCGGAUGACAUAUGCUCUGAGAAACUUUGUAGAGGAAAAACUAGGUUCAAAGUAUGUUGAUGGCACAAGAACAGAUAUGACUAAAUCCUAUGAAGAAAGCAGUCCGGCUACUCCAGUGUUUUUCAUUCUUUCUCCUGGAGUCGAUCCUCUUAAAGAUGUGGAGACACUUGGCAAAAAGCUUGGCUUCACAAUUGACUCUGGGAAAUUUCACAACAUCUCUUUAGGACAAGGGCAAGAGGUUGUUGCAGAGGAAGUACUGGACAAAGCUGCCAAGCAUGGGCACUGGGUUAUUCUCCAAAAUAUUCAUCUUGUAGUAAAAUGGCUGGGAACCUUAGAAAAACUACUGGAGGAAUACAGCAAGGGAAGUCACUCUGAUUACCGUGUCUUUAUUAGUGCUGAACCAGCUCCGACUCCUGAAGAACACAUAAUACCUCAAGGAAUAUUAGAGAACUCUAUUAAAAUUAUUAAUGAGCCUCCUACUGGUUUGCUGGCAAACCUUCAUGGUGCUCUCUACAAUUUUGACCAGGAUACACUUGAAUUGUGUACCAGAGAGCAGGAGUUCAAGAGUAUCUUCUUUUCUCUCUGCUUCUUUCACACCUGUGUUUCUGGGAGACUCAAGUUUGGACCUCAAGGAUGGAAUCGAACAUAUCCAUUUAAUGUAGGGGAUCUCACAAUCUGUGUCAACAUCCUCUACAACUAUCUAGAGGCAAAUACUAAGGUUCCAUGGGAAGAUUUGCGUUAUCUCUUUGGUGAGAUUAUGUAUGGUGGACACAUCACUGAUGACUGGGACCGCAGACUCUGCCGCACAUACUUAGAAGAAUUGAUGAGUCCUUCUCUGCUCGAAGGUGACUUCGCUUUGGCUCCAGGUUUCCUAUCUCCUCCAAAUUUGGACUAUAUUGGAUACCACAAGUACAUUGAUGAAAUGCUGCCUGUUGAAAGUCCUAUACUAUACGGUCUCCACCCUAAUGCUGAGAUAGAUUUUUUGAGAGUUCUCUCUGAUAACCUUUUCAAAACACUCUUGGAACUGCAGCCCAGAAACCUGCUUACUGGGGAGGUAGCAGGACAGUCAGCAGAAGAAAAGGUAAAGAAUGUCCUGGAUGAAGUUUUAGAGAAGUUACCAGAGGAGUUUAACAUGGCUGAAAUAAUGCAGAAAUCUGCCUCACGAAGUCCCUAUGUUCUUGUUUGUUUUCAAGAAUGUGAGAGGAUGAACAUUCUCAUUCGAGAGAUACGGAGGUCACUUAAGCAAUUAGACCUUGGUCUGAAAGGUGAACUGACAUUUUCUCCUACAAUGGAAGCUUUACAGUCAUCAUUGUUUUAUGAUCUGGUGCCAGAUGCAUGGAUGAGAUUGGCUUACCCCUCCACGUACAGUCUUGCACAAUGGUUUAAUGACCUUCUUAAACGAUGCAGAGAACUUGAUACCUGGACACAAGAUCUUGUACUUCCUGCAGUGGUGUGGCUUUCUGGCUUCUUUAAUCCUCAGUCUUUUUUGACUGCCAUUAUGCAAAGCAUGGCACGGAAGAACAACUGGCCUCUGGAUAAGAUGUGUCUGAUUACAGAUGUUACCAAAAAAAGUAGAGAAGAUUAUGGCCAUCCACCAAGAGAAGGAGCAUAUAUUUUUGGACUUUUUAUGGAAGGAGCAAGAUGGGACAUCCAAGCAGGCAUCAUAGCUGAAGCUCGACUGAAGGAGUUGACUCCUGCUAUGCCCGUUAUCUUCGUAAAAGCAAUUCCAGCAGACAGGCAAGAAACCAAGCACAUUUAUAACUGCCCUGUUUAUAAAACUAAAAUUAGAGGGCCCACUUAUGUCUGGACAUUCAACCUAAAAAGCAAAGAUAAACCAUCCAAGUGGGUGCUUGCAGGAGUAGCCUUGCUGCUGGCAGUUUAA